AGAUGAAGCAAAACACAGCGGCUGACUUUGUUCACACUUGCAGCCGGCAUGGGCGCAGAGAUGUGGCCCGAGCUUGAGGGCCGCCCGCCAUGAUGCUUUGUGGAUGCUGUCAGUCGCAACAGGGGCAGGCAGAUGACCCGGUCGUCACGACCCGAUUGGAGCCAGACCCGGUCCUUCAGAUCCCUGUGCUCACGGUGACGCCGCCGGACGAGCCCAGUGGCACUUCCCUGGCAGCAAAAGCUGUCGACGCAGCCGCUCCCAGUCACGGCAUCACGUUCUCUUUCGAGCUCCCAGACAAGUCUGUGAGGGACAUUGUGUUCGUGGAGAGGCCAUUGGGCAUGGACUUUACCAGUACGAUGCCCAUGUUUGUGACUGCAGUGAAGCCGCAGUCCCAUGCAGAUGUGGCCGGGGUGAAGCCCAGGUGGAUCAUCACUCACGUGCAAGGCGCACGCCUGCCGGCAGAUUUGACCGCUGCCAUGGGGGAGAUUCUGAGAGCCGUGAAGAGCCUUCCGGUGCCGAAGGCGUAGAUCGGCGCGCUUUUCCGGGCUCCAAAGUGGCCCGCCACUCUGACCGUUGUGGCCUUUGACAAAGGCAUUGGUCACAGGGUAAGCAUCCCUAAGGGUUCGGUGUCACCAGACUUGAAUUUG